CCGGCCAGCAGCGCGGGCGGGGCGCGGGGCGGGGCAGCAGGGCCCGAGGCGUGGCCGCACUGCCACCAGCCCGGCAGGGACAGCAGAGGACGAGGACAAGGAGGAGGAGCAGGUGCCGGGCGGUGCGCCCGCCGCCCGCCGGGAGCGGGCCCCGGGCCGCCCUAGAAGCCCGGCCCGCGACCGUUCCCAGCGCGCCACUCCUGAGUUGGCUGUGCGAAACUUUUCCUUGCGCCAUUAGGCGCCCCAGCCCGGAGCCCGCGCCCCGCCCACGCUCACCCCAGCCGGGACCGCAGCCCGUGGGGAGCCAGGCGGGCGAGAGGCCCGCCGCUACUGCCCCCGCCGCCCGUCGGGGCGCGGCCGGGCGCGGCGGCGGGGCUGGGGCUCCGGGCGAUGGCCGCGGAGCUGGCGAUGGGCGCUGAGCUGCCCAGCAGCCCACUGGCCAUCGAGUACGUCAACGACUUCGACCUGAUGAAGUUCGAGGUGAAGAAGGAGCCACCUGAGGCCGAGCGCUUCUGCCACCGCCUGCCACCCGGCUCGCUGUCCUCGACGCCGCUCAGCACGCCCUGCUCCUCUGUGCCCUCCUCGCCCAGCUUCUGUGCGCCCAGCCCCGGCACCAGCGGCGGCGGCGGUGCGGGGGGCGGCGGCGGCGCAGCACAGGCCGGGGGUGCCCCGGGGCCUCCAAGCGGGGGCCCAGGCGCCGUCGGGAGCGCCUCUGGAAAGCCGGCGCUGGAGGAUCUGUACUGGAUGAGUGGCUACCAGCACCACCUCAACCCGGAGGCGCUCAACUUGACGCCCGAGGACGCGGUGGAAGCACUCAUUGGCAGUGGCCACCACGCCGGGCACCAUGGCGCACACCACCCGGCGGCCGCCGCGGCCUAUGAGGCCUUCCGGGGCCAGGGCUUCGCGGGCAGCGGCGGCACGGACGACAUGGGCGCGGGCCACCACCACGGCGCGCACCAUACUGCCCACCACCACCACGCCGCCCACCACCAUCACCACCACCACCACCACAGCAGCACAGGCCACCAUAGCGGCGCGGGCCACGGCGGCGGCGGCGCGGGCCACCACGUGCGCCUGGAGGAGCGCUUCUCCGACGACCAGCUGGUGUCCAUGUCCGUACGGGAGCUGAACCGGCAGCUCCGUGGCUUCAGCAAGGAGGAGGUCAUCCGGCUGAAGCAGAAGCGGCGCACACUAAAGAACCGCGGCUACGCACAGUCGUGCCGCUUCAAGCGGGUGCAGCAGCGGCACAUUCUGGAGAGCGAGAAGUGCCAGCUCCAGAGCCAGGUGGAGCAGCUGAAGCUGGAGGUGGGGCGCCUGGCCAAGGAGCGGGACCUGUACAAGGAGAAAUACGAGAAGCUGGCGGGCCGGGGCGGCCCCGGGGGCGCGGGCGGAGCCGGUUUCCCGCGGGAGCCCUCGCCGCCGCAGCCCGGCCCCGGCGGGGCCAAGGGUGCACCGCCCGACUUUUUCCUGUGAGCGCUGGACCCGGGCCCGCGCUGCCGCGGGGACAAGUUCGCGCAGGCAGCCGCGGCCGCGGCUCGAACUCAACGGCCGGGGGCGCGCGAGAGAGGCCAGUGCAGCCGGGGACACGGUGGUCCGCCCGCGCCGGGACCAGAGCGCCCCGCCGCGAAGCCCGCCUGCGGGGUGGAGGCUCUCCCGUGGCGCACCUCCUGCGCCCACCCGGCCCCGCGCGUUGCCGCGAUCCCUCUGCACGCAGAGAACGGCGAUGUCCAAGGAAGCCUGAGCCAGGUCUAAGUUCCUCGCCAGCGUCCACUAGUACACUUGCCGAGCGCCGCUCUCCGUUCCGACCUUCGCCCGCCCGCCCGCGGAGGGGCCGCGCCGCGGUCUCCUCCCGGCGGCCUCUUCCUGCCCCGCGCCUCCGCCGUUUCUGCCGCCCCUUUCCUUGCCCUUUUUUACUCUUCCCCCUUUUUAAACCGGUCUUGUUUUCGAAGCAUUUAUUUAUUUUGCUUGGUGAUUAGAAAAGAAAACCCGGAAGAAGCCCCCUCCUUUCCCAGCCGGUGUUCCCUCGCGGUCCGCAAGUCCCCGCAUGCGUCGCUCGCUCGCUCGGGGCCGGUUCCCUGCCUGCCCGGCUGCCCGCUUGUCCCCCUCCCCGCCGGCGUUCCCUGGAGGCCGAAGCCGGUCCCGCUGCCCUGCUGUACUCGACGGGGGGAGGGGGGUGGGGGUCCCAGUGCUCAGCCGGGUGGGGGCUGGCCCGGACCCCCGCGCUGCUGUUUCUCUAUGCACCAGAUCGUAUUUAUGACUCCUGGGGAAAUAUAUCUUAUUUUAACUUUCAAGAGAAGUGAAAGAAAAAAAAAAAAGUAAUGCACAGUAUUUCUAAAAGAAAGAAUUUAAA